GGGCGGCUGCAAGGAGCGGCCGGUGGCAGCGGCGGCGGGCGGCCGGUGGCGGCGGCGGGCGGCCAUGGCGGCGGUGGCGGAGGCCGGCGGUGACGACGCCCGCUGCGUGCGGCUGAGCGCCGAGCGGGCCCAGGCGCUGCUGGCCGACGUGGACACGCUGCUGUUCGACUGCGACGGCGUGCUGUGGCGCGGCGAGACGGCCGUACCCGGCGCGCCCGAGGCCCUGUCGGCGCUGCGGGCCAGCGGCAAGCGCCUCGGCUUCAUCACCAACAACAGCAGCAAGACCCGCGAGGCCUACGCCGAGAAGCUGCGGCGCCUGGGCUUCGGCGGCCCGGCGGGGCCCGGCGCCGGCCUCGAGGUCUUCGGCACGGCCUACUGCACCGCGCUCUACCUGCGCCAGCGCCUGGCGGGCGCACCGGCCCCUAAGGCCUACGUGCUGGGCAGCGAGGCCCUGGCCGCCGAGCUGAAGGCCGUGGGCGUCUCCUGCGUGGGCGUGGGGCCCGAGCCGCUGCUGGGCGACAGCCCCGGCGCCUGGCUGGACGCGCCGCUCGAUCCGGAUGUGCGCGCGGUCGUGGUGGGCUUCGACCCGCACUUCAGCUACAUGAAGCUCACCAAGGCGGUGCGCUACCUGCAGCAGCCCGGCUGCCUGCUCGUAGGCACCAACAUGGACAACCGGCUCCCGCUCGAGAAUGGCCGCUUCAUCGCGGGUACCGGCUGUCUGGUCCGAGCCGUGGAGAUGGCCGCCCAGCGCCAGGCCGACAUCAUAGGGAAGCCCAGCCGCUUCAUCUUCGACUGCGUGUCCCAGGAGUACGGCAUCGACCCAGAGCGCACCGUCAUGGUGGGAGAUCGCCUGGACACAGACAUCCUCCUGGGCGUCACCUGUGGUCUGAAGACCAUCCUGACCCUCACCGGCGUUUCCACUCUAGGGGACGUGAAGAGUAAUCAGGAAAGUGACUGCAUGUCUAAGAAGAAAAUGGUUCCUGACUUCUAUGUUGACAGCAUAGCUGACCUUUUGCCCGCCCUUCAAGGUUAAAGACUUAGUGUCUUUAAUCUCCAGAAUAAAACAAAUUGAAAACCA